AUGGCUGAUACUCUGCUUCAAGGGGCCACCCUCGGUGAUGAUCUGCCAUUGCGCAACAGUAUCGUCAUGAGCUUCUUGACGCGCAAUCGCUGCAUCGAUGACAACAAGCCUGGGCCUGCUGUGGUGGAGCACCAUGCAACAAGAGCCAGAGACGGCGUCGGCUUGAUUAUAGCCGAGGGCACAUUUGUUCUGCAAACACUUCUACCUGGAGGCAAGAUUUUCUACCAGCCGUGGCAUCUAGGGGCGCUGAAUAGCAGUGGAGAUGUGAGUGAGUUUGAGAAACCCAAAGAGAUCGUCGAGCAAUAUCGAAACUCUGCCAGGCUUGCCAAACUGUCUGGAUUCGAUGGUGUUGAGCUGUUGGCUAGUGGGGGCUAUCUCAUGAGCCAAUUUCUAACCUCCCAAUGCAACGCCCGCAAGGAUGCCUAUUCGUUUCACCCGAUCGAAAACCGCUGCCGCUUCCUACUCGAAGUCUUGGCCACUGUCGUCGAGAUCUGGGGGACGCCGCGGCGAAUCGGCGUCAAGAUCUGUCCAGGCGAUGAUAUGAACAACGCGACUGCAUCUUACGGGGAGCUCUCUGAGACGUACGAUUACCUUGUACAGGAGCUGUUGCGUCGAGAUAUCGCCUUCAUCACUCUCUCACGCCGUGGCAGCGAAAAGGAAGUGGAGCGUCAAAGGGACCCUCGCCCAUCUGGCAAUUCUUUGCCAGAUGGGUGGGAGCCUUUGCACCAGUUCGGUCCGCCGGUCAAGCAAGCCUCCGGUCGCACAUCUCUCAUGGUUACGACGGAAUACACUGUCAACGAGGCGAGUGACUUGAUCAGGGAAGGGAGAAUUGAUUUUGACUUGGUCACCCGAAUCAAGAACAACUUGCCAUUUGCUGUCAAUGAUCGUGGCGGCCACAUUUACUAUGGUCCCUUUCAAGAUGCUAACGGGGGCUACAAUGACUGGCCCACCACUGUGUCCCAAAAGCAGAAAUCUUGA